AGCGGGGAAGAAGUGUUGCUCAUUUUAGAGCAGUUGCUCGUCCAAAGUAAACUGGAGCGUGAAGAAGGAAGGGGGCAGGAUGACUAGACCUCUGCGGCGGCCAGCUCUGCUGGGACAGCUCCUCCUGCUGUGGCUGCUGCUCCCGCCGCCUGUGCCCAGAGGCGAGGCUAGGAGGUCCAGGGCCUUGCUGCCCUGUCCCGCAGCCUGCGAGCCCACGCGCUGCCCCCCGCUGCCCACCUGGUCGGCGGGGUCGACGCCGGCGCUCGAUCGCUGCCGCGUCUGCGCGGCUGCCGAGGGCGAGGCCUGCGGCGGGGCGCUGGGCGGGUGGUGCGCCCCGGGGCUGCAGUGUCGCGCGCCGCUCAGCGCCCCGCGCCUCGGCGGCGCCUGGGUCGGCACGUGCGGCUGCCCCGCGGCGCGGGCGGCGGUGUGCGGCCGCGACGGGCGCACCUAUCCCAGCCUGUGCGUCGCGCGCCUCCGAGGCGCGCUCCCGGCCGUGCCGGUGCUGAAGGGCGGCUGCUCGGGUGGAGGGACCAGGAGUGUAGGCCGGCUCCGGAGCGAGAACAACUUCAUCGCGGAGUUGGUGGAGAAGGUGGCGCCAUCUGUGGUUCACUUGCAGCUGUUCCGCAGGUCACCUCUUAGCAACAAGGAUAUUCCUGCAUCCAGUGGCUCUGGGUUCAUAGUGUCUGAGGAUGGGCUCAUUGUUACCAAUGCCCAUGUCCUCACCAACCAGCAGCGGAUCCAGGUGGAGCUCCAGAGUGGCGUCCAGUAUGAAGCCACUGUCCAGGACAUUGACCAUAAAUUGGACCUUGCACUGAUUAAGAUCGAGCCAAAUACUGACCUUCCUGUAUUGCUGCUGGGAAGGUCCUCUGACCUGCGGGCUGGAGAGUUCGUGGUGGCCUUGGGCAGCCCGUUUUCUCUGUAGAACACAGUGACUGCAGGGAUUGUCAGCACUACACAGCGAGGGGGCAGAGUGCUGGGGCUGAAGAAUUGAGACAUGAACUAUAUCCAGACGGAUGCCAUAAUUAAUCACGGCAACUCUGGGGGCCCUCUGGUGAACUUGGAUGGUGACGUGAUUGGCAUAAAUACAUUGAAGGUGACCGCGGGAAUCUCCUUUGCAAUUCCCUCAGAUCGAAUUCGACAGUUCUUGGCAGAAUUCCAUGAGCGCCAGUUGAAAGGAAAGGCUCUUUCACAGAAGAAGUAUAUCGGUCUGCGAAUGCUGCCUCUCACUAUGAACCUUCUUCAAGAGAUGAAAAGGCAAGAUCCAGAUUUCCCUGAUGUGAGUUCUGGGGUCUUUGUGUAUGAGGUGAUUCAAGGAACAGUUGCUGAAAGCUCUGGGUUGAGAGACCACGAUGUAAUUGUCAGCAUAAAUGGGCAACCUGUUACCACCACAACUGAUGUUAUUGAAGCUGUUAAGGACAAUGAUUCCCUUUCCAUCAUGGUUCGUCGAGGAAGUCAAACUUUGAUCCUGACAGUCACACCUGAAAUAAUUAAGUAUCCAGCUUUAAAGAGAAAUCAUCUAACAAAACCAAAGCUAUAUUACCUGGUUUGUACUGAAGAUGUGCCAAAGUUAUCAAGUUUUAGGGUCUCUUUCCUGAGAAAAAUGAAUGCUUUAAAACAUACAGAUACACACACACACACACACACACACACACACUUAGGGACCAUUAGAUUGGGGUACUCUACUACUGCUAAGAAGCCUUACUAAAGCAAGUGAAGGACAUGGUGCCAGGAAGUCUGGGAAGCUGAUAACAUUUUAUUUCAACACAGGAAACAACUGAAAAACAAGCACAGUUUCUAAUUUAAUCUAGACAGAAGGACACUUGUGGAUUUUAAAACUUCUCUAUAGCCACAAACUGGAUUUAACACAAACGUGUGUACAUACACACACACACACACACACACACACACACACACACACACACGAAUAAACCUACCAAAUAUGAAGAAACAACCUGAAUCCAAAGUGCAAAGGAAAUCCAAUUUUUCAUUAACACUGCCUUUCUCAAUCAGUUUUUGAGGUUAUACCACAUUUGGCCAGGGUUGGUAGAUGCGGAGGAUGAGCAUGGUUUGUAAGUCAAAUUCAAACUGACAACUGCAGAUUGUCACGGAGAAAUACUAGAUUCUCAUGAUCACCCUGGCAGUGGUCUCCAAAAGCUUUCUGACUGGGAGGUUUCUUUUAUAGGACAGAUCCUUCAGUAACUUACAGAAUUGACCUUCUUACCCAUGCUCAUCCUCCUGCCAACAUUAGUGAUUUUGAGUCUGAAAGCUGCCAAAGUGUUGGUAUUUUUAAAGAAAAUGCUUUUGAUGGGGUUUGUGAAUAUCCUGAAGGAGAUUUUUUUUGGCAAGUAUGAGAUGAGGCAGGAUUUGUGGCUUAGAGUAGUAUCUUAUUUUCUUCGCUAAGAUUUUAAUUUGUUUUCCAGAUUUUUCUUACAAGUUAGGAUUUUUUUUUUUUUUUAAAUAUGGCAUCUCCUUAAAUUCUAUGCAAAACUUUAUGUGCAUUUUUUCCUGGGGAGGGGGUCCGGUUUCUUUACGACCUCCAACAAUUUAAAAAAUACUAUAUACUUAUAGUACAGACAUUAUGAGUAAGAAUCUACCAAUUAUUACUGUUACAAACAAGGUUAAGUUCAAUGUGGUACAGAAUUUUCAAGACAGAAUAAUCUGUUUUAAUUUUUACACAUUCACCAGCCAUUUAAUAAUAUAAGAACAGUAAUCAUAAUAAUCAGGGAUAAUAAAGCUGAAACUUUUAGAAAAGCUGCUUCAUAAUGAUAGAGCAUAUCCAGUGUUAAUUUAACUGUGAUUCUUGGUUCUUUAGGUCAACUAUUAGGAGACUAACAUUUGAGUAGUUCUACCUUGAUUGUUUCUAGAAUUUAUCCCGAAUAUCGGGCUCUUAGUUCGACUUGUCUGUAAAGUCCUCCUUUUACUUAAAUUACAAAGGA